UAUACAGUCUCCGCUCCUUCGAGUAAAUAAUAUUUUAAGAACAGUGGAUAUGUCCAGGAAGUGUUGUGAAAUUGGUCUACAAUUUAUAUUUUUGAUAUCUUUAGUUGAAAUCAGAGGACAGUGGACAUCCUGGUCAAGUUGUUCAAAGUCUUGUGAUGUAGGAACGCAGAUUCGAACAAAAAUAUCUGACGGGAGUACCACACAAGAGGAGCAGUUUUGUAAUCUACAGUAUUGUCCUGACCUCCGUGUACGUUGCACUGGAAGAUAUUGUCAUGAGUUCGAUGGUAUGGCCGACUGUAUAAGUAACGUUUGUAUUUGUAAAGUGGGGCGUUACUCGUAUCCAUAUGACUACAGCAGAUAUUAUAACAAAUAUAACUGCUAUCCUGAAGUUGGAAACUGCAUCAUUCGACAGAGUCCACCAUUUGCUCUGGCUCAAGUUCAAUCGUUGAAAUAUGGAUACAUGUUACGGGGAUGUGUUGCCAAUGAUAACCCUGACUAUGAAGUACACGUGAUUGGAAUUUAUGGAAAUCCUUUCUCCGGGUACGAUGUUGUGAUACAUCAAAGAGGGGAAGUCACAAAGCCUAUUGUUCUUGUGUUAUCGUCAUACGAAGCAACCUACUGGUGGAUUGACACAAGUGUUCACAUACAUUCCGUUAUUUAUGGAAGCACUAGAGAAUACCCAUCUAAACCUAUAAAUUUUGUUGAUGGCUCAAAGUGUGGUGCUUCAAACAUUGUAAAGUGGGAAGGUUUUGGAUCCGCCGAUGGAUCUGAUACCGGAGGAGGGAACACAGUCAAAGUUCUACUAGACAUAGAGAGAGUUUAUGGACCCGUGACCUCCUUUUCGGGUGUUUACACGCUGUACUCCCCUAGAAUCAUCAAACUGGAGGUGGGAGGAAAUCCACUACAGAAAUCUCCAAUUAAUGGAUUUAAGUACAAUGGUACAGUGCAGUGCGAGUUGGUUACUCCUAAGUACUCUGUGGUGACCUCAACAAGACCUACAACCACGUUAUCGGACAAAGAAACUAAGGAAGAGGAGGGGAGUUCAAGUAGUAUUGUCAUCAUUAUUCCAAUUGUUACAGUCGUAUUAGUAUCUGUCUUUGUCUGUCUGGUUAUUAUGUGUUGUGUGUAUAAGAGAGAUAAGUCCUCACGCUACAUAUCUACAUGGCAGACAAACUCUAGUCCUAGACCUGCACCCCAGACCAGAUCUUACCCCAUUUAUGAAAUAUCGGACAGAAAUGGUACUUCACUGUUUAAUACAGAUUUGUCUACAACCCAAAUAACACCACAGGUUAACUCGAUCGUAAGGCCUACGUCCGCUAUGUCAACAGAUGAAGGCUUGUCAGGCGAUGAAAAUCCAGUCCUAACACUGGCUGAUCCGCCCCCAUCUUACUCUUCAAUUGUCCCAGAUACUCCAGAACCGAGGACAAAGUCACCUUCCAAUAAGCCAUUCCCUGAUACAACCUCACACGAGCAGUAUCAUAAUUCUCCAGAGCCACCGCCACCAAGCUAUUCAUCUUAUAUGCAACAAGAAAGGCUUUAAACUGUCCAAUACAGAAACUCUAUGACUGAUAUUUUGAAGGGAAAAAAACACAUUCCUGGAAGAGGAAAUAAUGCUAUGUAUCAUUUAAAGUACCGGACUGGUGGCUCCAACAGUUUUAGAUGAUACAGAUCUGAACGGAAAGAUUGAAAAGAUCAAUGGUUUUCAUGCUUACAAAAGUAGAUGUUGGUUUCAUUUGGAACAAUUUUUAUACGGGUAGUAAACUGUGAUCAAUAUUACACGAUAUGUUUAUAUUGUAAAAUUUACAUUUUAUAAAAAUGUCCCAGUUAAACUACGAA